AUAAAAUAGCACAUCUCGGAACCAAUUUCCCUUUAAGACCACAAAGUCGGAUAGUCAGUACAAGCUAAAAUCUACCGACUUAUAUCAGACUUUGUGGUCGUAAGGAGGUUAUGUGGGGUGGGAUGAUAGAUUUCGUUUUAAUUUUCAUCUCAAAGUUCUAUUGCUUCGUCUUCCCUUCACAAUUCAGUUCCCUUUUUCAUAAGUCUUGUCCACGCUUUUCACCAUAUCGUCGUCCGUGUCACUACUAUUAAUGGGCACUUUCAUCCAAUCAAACAACUGCUAAUUUCCACACAUUUCCGGACGAGUGCUUGAAUGGUGGUACGCUACAUGACGGCAACACAUGCGCCUGUUCCCCGCGUGCCUCCAACUGGUCAAUGUCUUUGGCACACUUUCGUCGAAUAUGGCCCAGUAGUGCUUGUUCUGCGAUCUGGAACCACCGAAAGCCAAAAUGCGUUUACCAUCGGUACUGUUUUGCUGUCUCCUGUUCAUAGUGGCCAGCGUUGCGUCCGAUCGUUCGGAUCAGCCGGUGAAUAACAGUUCAUUGAAAACACUUUCCAGACAGGAGCGUAAGGUUCUUCUAUUCCCAAUCUUGACUACGCUGCAGGUCAGCAUCUGUACCGCAACCGAUGGACGGUUAUACGCACCGAAGGCGAAAUAUCCGGCCCGUAAGUUGGGCAUUAAUCUUGGGUUCCAGCAAAACUUUAACCUUCCGUUCCGGUUGCUGGAAUUCUACAAACCACCUACCUGGGCACGAGCGAUCGCUGGCAUCAUACGGGGACAGUUUCCAUCAACCUCUGUAGUGAUGGCUCGUGGUUGGAAACGGUCGACCGAUCACCAAUCGUUGGCGCUUAGUGCUGGACAGUUGUACACGUACGUGGAAGAUUUUCUGCACGUGUUUGGAUACGAAAGGGACUGUCUGCUGAAGAGUGUCUGUGAGCUAGCACACAGUCCAUUCGAUCGUUCCGAGCAGCAGGAGCAGCAGGACUUUAUGACCGAAGUGGUGCACUUGCUUUUGAGCCCAUCGGUACACGAAUCGUUUGCCGAGGAUGAGCUGGAACAGAAACGGGCGUACGAGAUGGCCGAACGACUCGGUGCCAGUGGCGCUAACUGUGAUCUUAUCUACGAUCGAUGCCAUCGGUCGGUGUUGAGUGAUUUUUCCAACUUGCUAGACGUUUCUGAAAGCUGAUCGAGAGCCAUAGCUUAUCGUAACG